AUGCGGAGCCCCUCAGGUUCCUCCGCGUUCCACCGCAUCUACCAGUGGUUGUUGCUGCGUACUCAGCCGGGCAGUGCGAUGGGCGAACCGUAUCUAUCUCCGCCGGACGAUGUCGGGGCGAGCGCCAGUCGACGAGGGCCGCAGGAGACAGAGACAGGGGCGUUCCUGUUGCGUAUUGGCAAGCUAUCCGUUGCAGGCACGAUAGGGGGACUCGCGGAGUGCAUGGCAGCGUACCCGUUAGACACAGUCAAGACGAGGAUGCAGACGUCGGAGGCGGCUUCGUCGGGGGGUGCUUUCCGGUGUUUCUCCACAGCUAUCAGGGAGGACGGGGCGCUGGCCCUGUAUCGAGGAAUGUCUUCCCGAGUGGUGGCAAGCAUGUUAGCGGCUUCGGUGUUGUUCGGCGCAAACGGGACCCUGAAAGAGGUCUUCGGUGCUGACUCGAGUCAGCCCCUGAGCGGGCGGUUCAUGUUGGCAGCGAUGGGGACGGGUGUGCUGGAGGCGAUCGCCUACUGCCCUCUGGAGCUUGUCAAGACUCGAAUGCAGGUGCUGAGAGGUUCCCCAGCGGGCGUGACCGUGUGGACGACGGGGGCCCAAAUCUACCGUCACCAUGGGAUUUUCAAGGGUUCCUACAAGGGUUUCUCGUCCAUGCUGCUCAAAGAAGGGCUCGGCAACACCGUCUACUUCGGCUCGUACGAGCUCUGCAAACAGGCGCUCGGGGGCAGAAGUACAGGGGGGGCGGUCGGGAGCGGCGGCGGCGGGGCCCCCGGGGACGAACGACAACAGCAACACCAAGAGCAGGCCGGGAUUGGUCCUAUCGUGGCGGCGGGGGGCUGCGCCGGAGUCCUCUACACCGUGGCGACCCAUCCGAUCGACACCGUCAAGUCGCUGGUGCAGACCGACUCGAUAAAGGCUCCGAGGUACCGAGGGUUCCUGGACGGGUGGCGACAAGCCUUGGCGCAGGGCCGCCGCCGCCACGGGGUUGGGAGGGGGGACGGCGCCGGGGCGGUGGGGGGGGUGAAGGCCUUCUUGGGGUUGUACAGGGGGCUUUCGCCAGCGAUAGCGCGGGCGUUCUUGGGGAACUCGGCCUUGUUUGUGACGUACGAGAGCGUGCUAGAUGUCCUCGGAAGAUGA